UCUGCUACGCAAGAUAGUAGCUUUCACUCAAAGGACAUUUAAAUGGCUACACUGUAUAGCACCCACUGUAUAUUGGAUCGCACAAUACGAAUAGUAACAUUGUUUAUAUGUACGUUGUAACAAACCGCGCUUGAGUCGACUCUGCUUUGCAACUGCGUUGUAAUUUGGACCCGAAUCUAUUUGCUGUGUACCCUUUGGAACAGUCAAAAUGAACGAGGAGGAAGACUUUUUGCAGAAAACAAGGCAGGGGUUUGAAGAUCUCUGUCGAGCUUUGAAUAUGGACGAGGAGGCGAGCAACGAAGCAUGGAAGAGCUACGAAAACAUAAGCAAAAAUUACACAUUAGAGGGCAGUGAGCUACACUGGUUAGCCUGUGCUCUCUAUGUGGCCUGCAGGACAGCCAUACCAACGGUGGGUAAGGGCACCGCGGAGGGAAACUAUGUCUCUCUGACCAGGAUCCUCAGCUGUUCAGAACAAAGCCUCAUUGAGUUCUUUAACAAGAUGAAGAAAUGGCAGGACAUGGCAAGUCUGCCCCAAGACUUUUGCCAGAGCACGGAGAAGCUGGAGAGGAAUUUCACAAUUUCCGCCGUCAUCUUCAAGAAAUAUAUCCCCAUAUUCAAAGCCAUCUUUAAGGCACCCUCUGACGACCCACCCAGAGUCCACAGGAGCCGCAAACAGAGGCGCCAUCCCUGCACCGUCGCUGAAGUCUUCAACUUCUGCUGGAUUCUGUUUGUCAACGCUAAAGGAAACUUCCCUAUGAUCAGUGAUGACCUGGUGAACUCGUACCACCUGCUGCUGUGUGCUCUGGACCUGGUUUUCUCCAACGCUCUGCUGUGUAACACCAGGAAGGAGCUGCUCAACCCCAACUUCAAAGGCCUUCCCGAGGACUUCAACAGUAAGGACUACAAGCCUACUGCAGGGCCUUACUGCUUCAUAGAACAGCUGUGUGAACUGCAUGAUGGCCUGGUGCUGGAGGCCAAGGGGGUCAAAGAACACUUCUGGAAACCGUUCAUCAAGAGGCUCUUCCAUAAGAAGAUUCUCAAAGGGAAAGAAGAUAGCUUGACUGGCUUCUUCGAUCCUAUGAAUUUUGGAGACAGUUUUGCGUCCAUGGGGCGUGUGUACGAGGAGCAUGUUCUAGCCACAGGGGGUCUGGAUGAGAGGAUCUUCCUGGGAGAGGGGGCCAAUGAAGACAUUAGCACACCAGGCCCCUGUCUCUGUGUGGGAGUAAAGAACCAGGACGCCUCCGCAUACAGACUCUACAGCAGUCUGACUGCCUCGGCCUUGAAGGUGUCUACUCCCCUGACGGGUCUUAAGUAUGUCCAGGACAACUGUCUGGGCACGCCGGUAUCUACAGCCAUGCAGAGUGUUGGCCGUCUCCACAGCCUGCUCACAGGACUCAAACACCGCCCCAGUGGCAGACUCACAGACUUACUGAGGGCGUGUGCCAGAGACCCAAGUGAGACCAUCUCCACUAGGCUGAAGGACAUGUGCCAGGUCUAUUGUCAGCACUUUGAGGGCAAAGGGGAGGAGAACGCAGGACUGGGGAAAGACAUUGCAGUGAAGUACUUCCGCCUGGCGGAGGCGCUCUACUAUAAAACCCUGGAGGCCGUCAUUGACCAGGAGAAGGAGAGACUGGGCGACACGGACCUCUCUGGUAUUCUGGAGCAGGAUGUGUUCCAGCGCUCUCUGCUGGCCUGCUGUCUAGAGAUUGUCAUCUUCUCCUACCGACCCCCAGGGGACUUCCCACGAGUCAUACACAUCUUCCAGCUCCCCGCAUACCAUUUCUACAAGGUGAUUGAGGUGCUGGUACGGGCAGAGCAGGGCUUGUUCAGGGAGGUAGUGAAGCAUCUCAACCAGGUGGAGGAGCAGGUCCUGGAGAGCCUGGCCUGGAGGGGGGGAUCCCCGCUGUGGGACAGCGUCAGGGAGGCCAAGAACCAGCCACCAGCUUGCCAGGAGGUGAUGCCACCGCAGUACCUGGAGGAUGGGAACGGAGACAGCAGUGCUGGCAGUGCCCCUCUCUUCCCUAACAACCAUGGCACUGACCUAAGCACCAACAGUGGUGGGAAAGGUGUUUCUCCCUCUCCCACCACCCUGUUGGACCGCUACAGCUCCCCGCCCACGGGCUCAGCCAGGAGACGGCUGUUUGUGGACGCUUCCUUCGAUACCCCAUCGGACCCCUCCACCACCACCACCACCGUCAGGACCUCCCAGGCCAUCGUCACCACCACCAUCCCUGCCGGACAGACAGUGGUUACUAUGGCAACGGCCACGGUUACCGCUAACAAUGGACAGACGGUCACCAUACCUGUGCAAGGAAUAGCCAAUGAGAAUGGGGGCAUCACCUUCAUCCCUGUCCAGGUGAGUGUGACGGGACAAGGCACGGCCAUGCUCCAGCCCCUGUCUGCCCAGUCCCUGACUGGCACUUUGACCAGCCAACCACAGACCACCACCACCCUGAACAGUCCUGCCCCACAGGGCAGCCCCGCCACCAGUAAACCAAUCAAGAAGCUGGCAGCCCAGGUCCUGUCCACUAACAAGCCUCAGAAAAAGGGUUCCCUCUCGCUGUUCUUCCGCAAGGUGUACCACAUGGCCAGUGUGCGUCUGAGAGACUUGUGUGCCAAGCUGGACAUCUCUAGUGAGCUGAGGAGGAAGAUCUGGACGUGUUUUGAGUAUUCCCUGGUGCAAUGCACAGAGCUCAUGAUGGACCGACACCUAGACCAGCUCCUCAUGUGUGCAGUUUACGUCAUGACCAAGGUGACCAAAGAGGACAAGUCUUUCCAGAACAUCAUGAAGUGCUACCGCUCUCAGCCCCAGGCCAGCAGCAGCGUCUACCGGAGUGUGUUGAUCUCUGGGAAGAAGAAACGUCUCUCGGGCAGCAGUGUGGGAAACACACAGAGCUCUCCCACAGACAACAGCCAGAAGCAGGGGAGUGGAGACAGCAGCCCGGUGCCCAUGUGUUCCACCAGCACCCUACCUGCCACGCAGCCUGGCAGCAUUCCAUCCACUCCCACCCUGGCCCCCUCCACCUCCUCAUCCCUCCCUCCCUCCCAGGAGCAGGAUAAGGAGGGGGGAGGUGGGGAGGAGGAGCGAGGAGACCUCAUCCACUUCUACAACCGGGUCUACAUCAAACAGAUGCGUCACUUUGCCCUCCGCUACUCGCCCAGCUCGCCCUCUGCAGGGGUGCAGUCUCCUCCCCUGUGCCCGUACCCCUCCCUGAGGACCAGCUCCCCUCGCAGGGUCCUUCUGUCCCACAACCACUCGAUCUACAUCUCCCCCCACAAGACUACUGGAAGCCCCCCCACCCCCUCCACUACCGCACGGGACAAGAUCUUCUACUACAUCUGCAGCAGCCCAUCCAACCGCCUGGCGGAGAUCAACAGUAUGAUCCGCACCGGGGAGACACCCACCAAGAAGCGCAGCAUGCAGCUUGAGGAAGAGCCAUCGCCCAAGAGGGUGUGUCCAGACAACCAGACGGCCCUGCUCCGCAGAUUACAGGACGUGGCCAACGACCGUAGCUCCUCCCACUGAGGCAGGACACAACCCCUUCAGACCACACCACAGGCUGAAGUCGCUAGUCACUAGAUGGUCAUGAUAGAAAGGAAUAUUUUGGCAAGAUAAUAAAUAUCAACAUUUUAUGAGCAUAUAUUUGUUUUUCAUUUAGGGGUAAGGACAGGUGUAAGGUUAGGGGGAGGGUUCAGUUGUUAGUGUUCAUGGUCAGUGGUUGGUAGUUCUUAUGAUUUGUGUCUAGAAAGUACCAUACUUCUGUCCAUGGCCAGAUUGUGAUGAACGACGCAAUUAUUUUAUCACCAUGGCAAUAAGUCUAGUUGGUUGUUUUAGCAACAAAACCGAUGCGUGCGCGAUUAUGGUGCAGAACAGACGGGGUUGGCUUAAUUGUUGACAUGUCAACUAUAUUUCGUCUUCAAUGUUUAUUGAAAACAUAUAUACAAUUGAAGUCGGAAGUUUACAUAAACUUAGGUUGGAGUCAUUAGAACUCGUUUUUCAACCACUCCACAAAUUUAUUGUUAACAAACUAUAGUUUUGGCAAGUCGGUUAGGACAUCUACUUUGUGCAUGACACAAGUAAUUUUUCCAACAAUUGUUUAUAGACAGAUUAUUUCACUUAUAAUUCACUGUAUCACAAUUCCAGUCGGUCAGAAGUUUACAUACACUAAGUUGACUGUGCCUUUAAACAGCUUGCAAAUUUCCAGAAAAUGAUGUCAUGGCUUUAGAAGCUUCCGAUAGGCUAAUUGACAUCAUUUGAGCCAAUUGGAGGUGUACCUGUGGAUGUAUUUCAAGGCCUACCUUCAAAGUCAGUGCCUCUUUGCUUGACAUCAUGGGAAAAUCAAAAGAAAUCAGUCAAGACCUCAGAUAAUAAAUUGUAGACCUCCAUAAGUCUGGUUCAUCCUUGGGAGUCAUUUCCAAAUGCCUGAAGGUACCAUGUUCAUCUGUACAAGCAAUAGUAUGCAAGUAUAAACACCAUGGGACCACGCAGCCGUCAUACCGCUCAGGAAGGAGAUGCGUUCUUUCUCCUAGAGAUGAACGUACUUUGGUGCGAAAAGUGCAAAUCAAUCCCAGAACAACAGCAAAAGACCUUGUGAAGAUGCUGGAGGAAACGGGUAGAAAAGGAUCUAUAUCCACAGUAAAACGAGUCCUAUAUCGACAUAACCUGAAAGGCCACUCAGCAAGGAAAAGGCCACUGCUCCAAAACUGCCAUUAAAAAAAAAGACUACGGUUUGCAACUGCACAUGGGGACAAAGAUCAUACUUUUUGGAGAAAUGUCCUCUGGUCUGAUGAUACAAAAAUGGAACUGUUUGGCCAUAAUGACCAUUGUUAUGUUUGGAGGAAAAAGGGGGAGGCUUGCAAGCCAAAGAUCACCAUCCCAACUGUGAAGCACUGGGGUGACAGCAUCAUGCUGUGGGGGUGCUUUGCUGCAGGAGGGACUGGUGCACUUCACAAAAUAGAUGGCAUCACGAGGAAGAAAAAUUAUGUAUAUAUAUUGAAGCAACAUCUCAAGACAUCAGUCAGGAAGUUAAAACUUGGUCACAAAUGGGUCUUCCAAAUGGACAAUGAUCCCAAGCAUACUUCCAAAGUUGUGGCAAAAUGGCUUAAUGUCAACAAAUUCAAAGUAUUGGAGUGGCCAUCACCGAGCCCUGACCUCAAUCCUAUAAAAAAUUUGUGGGCAGACCUGAAAAAGCGUGUGCGAGCAAGGAAGCCUACAAACCUGACUCCGUUACACCAGCUCUGUCAGGAGGAAUGGGCCAAAAAUUCACUCAACUUGCUUGUGGAAGGCUAAACACUAAUUGAGUAUAUGUAAACUUCUGACCCACUGGGAAUGUGAUGAAAGAAAUAAAAGCUGAAAUAAAUCAUUCUCUCUACUAUUAUUCUGACAUUUCACAUUCUUAAAAUAAAGUGGUGAUCCUAACUGACCUAAGACAUGGAAUUUUUACUAGGAUUAAAUGUCAGGAAUGGUGAAAAACUGAGUUUAAAUGUAUUUGGUUAAGGUGUAUGUAAACUUCCGACUUCAACUGCACAUUUGCACAAUGAGCACUUGUUGUCUCUCAAAUGCAUUGUUAGUUGUUGGUUACCUAGCUAGUAAAUUUUAGCCAUGACCCCUCAAAACAAGACAUCAAGAACAAAUUAAAAGUAGCUGAUACAAGCCACCUAGGAUUCCCCACACGGCAGCUUCUUGUCAUUGUUGACAUUUUCUUGAUAUCAGCUAACCCAUCUAUAUAUUUCUACACAUAUCCAGAGUCAAAGGAAUGUAUUUUGUCUAAAUACACAGCGAAUACAGAAUGGACUGUCAGUGUUGUGGUUCUUUGCAAAUUUGCAUAUAUGGUGGAGUAUGCUUCAAAAUCACACGCAUUUUAAGGUCUAUUCUAAUUAAUAAUGUUACUAACUUGCUCAUGCCUACAAUUUAGCUGUUCAAUAUGCUAUGCAUGAAUGCCUUUCAUUGUUUUGAGAUUAUUCUGGACACAAAACGCAUCAUUACAUCAUCUGUCAUGUAGAAAUGUAUUUUGGAUUUUAUAUGUCAGAAGUUUAUAUGAGUUUUUAAAAAAAAAUUUUGAGCCAGAAGAGAAAGCACUUGACAAUGACCAUGUUCUUAAAAUACUUUGUACACCGUUUCAAAAAUAAGUAUUUUAAUAAGCUUUUGUAAUACCGGAAAAGAUGACAUGAUGUCAUCAAGUCUCCCGGGUUUCUUUUCCAAAGUCAGAAAAACAUUGUCUUUUUUAAACAGUUGAGCUUUUAUAUACUUCAUUUUAUGCUCUUAUUUGUUAUGUUUGUGUGAAAUCUGUCAGAUAUUUAUGCUACUUUUUUAAACUUGAGAUAUGUUAGCAAGCAACUAUAACUAUCCCUUAACAAUGACGAGUAGUAGAAUCACUGACAACAAUAUUUAUUUUCAGUCUCAUGUAGCUACCAUUAAUUCUAAUGUAAUCCUUUAGUAUCCAAUCUAUUUGAUAUUUGUGUUAGUCACAAUGGUAUGUUAUCGUUUUGUUAAUCACCAAUUUAGGGAGGAAAAAAAAGAAAGCAUAUUUUAUCGUGAGAUUCUGUUUCUGAAUCGAUUCAUUUAAGCUAUACAGUACAUGUACAUGUCUUUGUUUAACUUGUCUAGCUGGUAAAAACAACAACAAAAAACAUCCUUGGAAAUAAAAAAUAUAUAUUUAGGA